GUGAAUUUCCCUCUAGGCACGCACUGAUACUGGAUGCCAGUGCUGGUAGAGAGAAAGCUGUGAUCAGAUUUGUAGCACACGUAUCGCUGUCAUUAGAGUCCGCGCCCUGAGCUUUCCUAAUUUUCAGCGGCAGUGGAAACCAGAGCUCCAUCUUUAAAGAUGCAUGAGACGUCUUGAGCAGCAGAGAGUAGAGGUGGAAGCUCAGCCAGAGAAAGUGUUUCUCUGGCAGUGACAGUGAAACAAGCGAGGGGCGCGGCUCAUGCACAUCACAGGAGAGUUUGUCAGUGGCAGUGAGGGGUCCCCAAGUUGAGGCAGAGUACAGAGUCAGGACUGUGUGUGUGUGUGUGUGUGUGUGGGGCAGGUUGAGGGGCCUCCGCCUGCUGAAUGAACCCUGUUAGCAUUGGGCAGUACCAGGGGCUACGGGUGGGCUCAGCCCUGCUCGGCAUUGUGGCAGGCUGCAUCAUCAUUGGGGUGUCCAGGGAGUGUGAUGCUGAUGCUGUGGGAGGCAUCUUCCUGGGAGCAGGGGGCCUCGGCCUGCUCAUAUCGAUAUACCCCUUCGUAAAAGCCUGGCUGAACAUCAACCAUAUUCUCCCAUCCUUUGGAAACUUCAGAGUUCAUCCCACGGCUGCCAAUCCUGCUCCGGAACAACCGAUAGAAACUCUCAGACGAGAAGGGACUCAGAGUCAACUAAAUCUGGAACGUGGUAAGAGUCGUAUGGGAACCUUUGUGGAGGGCGGACCAAUGGCCGAGACCAGCCCAGAAGAGGGGACGUCUUCAGAGAUGCCAGACGUCUUGUCUCGGCGGAAACAGAAACAAUCCCCCUCUGAUGGAGACCUGCCUUGAUGUCAUCACAUGAUCUCACUGACCUUUAUUAUUCUGCUUCCCUGUUCAUCUUCUUCAUUUCUUCCAAGUGUAAUACAAGAAAUGUUGAGCAAAUAUUUUGGAUUCAUUGUUUUUCCAUAGAAUUGUCGCAUCAACUGUCCUGUUUGUUAAGAUCACCUCAUGGUAUUGUCCUGACGUGGUCUGAUAAACAUAUUAAAGAGUAGAAAGUGA